UGCUCACUUCAGAGACAGCCCAUCUCACAAUACAGCUGGCAGCCUCCGAAAGGCCUCCAUUCAGCAAGAGCUAACAUGCUUAGGAAUUUAUCUGGGAUCCUUUAAACGACUGCCUAUCGCCAUCUGGAAUCAAUGUAGAAAUACGAAGUCUGAGAAUAAAAAGAAGGAAGAAGUACCCGAGGACGACGGAAGGACGGACGGCGAGAGUUUGUGACUGAAGAUUGGUAAUUUACAGCUAAACAUUCUGAAAGUAAAGUCAUUUUAAUUUUGGACUAUUUACCUUGACGGCUGAAGUACAAGUUUACUUGGGGACUGGUCUUGUUCACCUUGGAACGAUUUUUCCUUACACUUGCAGCUUUAUGGGUUGGCUUCCUUGACUGCAUUUUCUGUCAGUUAACUAAACUCCGGACUCAUGGAUUUUCUAGUCCAGAAAAUCAGACUAUUUUCCUGAAUAAUCUAGAAACUUUUAAGGAACACAUUUCAUGUUUCCUUUGAAGAGUUAAGAGAAGAAAGUACUUAUACGAACAGGAAAAGAAACAAAUAAUUUGCAAAUAAAUUGACUGCUGCUGUGACCACAUCUGAAUACCAAAGGCGAUCGAUCAAGCAAGCGCUGCAGACAAAAGGACUCCUGUAAACUGUACUGCCUGACAAUGGUAAGCUACAACGGCUCCCACUGCCCUUAUGACGACUCCUUUAAGUACACUUUGUAUGGGUGCAUGUUCAGCAUGGUGUUUGUGCUUGGGCUGAUAUCCAACUGUGUUGCGAUAUACAUUUUCAUCUGUGCCCUCAAAGUGAGAAAUGAAACUACAACGUACAUGAUUAACCUGGCAAUGUCAGAUUUACUUUUCGUCUUUACUUUGCCAUUUCGGAUUUUUUACUUUGCAACACGGAAUUGGCCAUUUGGAGAUCUGCUCUGUAAGAUUUCAGUAAUGCUGUUUUACACCAAUAUGUAUGGAAGCAUUCUGUUCUUAACCUGUAUCAGUGUAGAUCGAUUUCUGGCAAUUGUCUACCCAUUUAAGUCAAAGACUUUAAGAACUAAACGAAAUGCAAAGAUCGUUUGCAUUGCUGUGUGGUUCACGGUGAUGGGAGGAAGUGCGCCUGCAGUUUUCUUUCAGUCGACCCACUCUCAGGGGAACAAUACCUCAGAAGCCUGCUUUGAGAACUUUCCAGCAGCCACAUGGAAAACUUAUCUCUCCAGGAUUGUGAUUUUCAUUGAAAUAGUGGGCUUUUUUAUCCCCCUCAUUUUGAACGUAACUUGUUCUAGUAUGGUGCUAAGAACUUUAAAUAAACCUGUUACAUUAAGUAGAAGCAAAAUGAACAAAACUAAGGUUUUAAAAAUGAUUUUUGUCCACUUGGUUAUCUUCUGUUUCUGUUUUGUGCCCUACAACAUCAACCUCAUUUUGUACUCGCUCAUGAGGACGCAGACCUUUGUUAACUGCUCUGUGGUGGCGGCAGUGAGGACCAUGUACCCGAUCACUCUCUGCAUUGCAGUCUCCAACUGUUGCUUUGACCCUAUUGUUUACUACUUUACUUCAGACACAAUUCAGAACUCAAUAAAAAUGAAAAACUGGUCGGUUAGAAGAAGUGACUCCAGGUUCUCUGAAGCUCAGGGCACCGAGAAUUUUAUCCAACACAACCUACAGACCUUAAAAAAUAAGAUAUUUGAUAAUGAAUCUUCAAUAUAAGCUGCCUGACUAAGCCACUGGGACUGCUCCGUGUUCAACUGUGAAAACUGUUCUUGGGAACUAUCUCUCUAGCUCCAACAGAAAAUGUUUUUAAAGAAAGUUUGUGUCUGAUGUGUUAAACAUUAAAAUAUAUUCUAUUCUUGUAUGCAUGCCAUUUUAUUUUCUUGAACCACUUUAACGUGUUCUUUCCUCAUUAAAAAAAAAACUCCAUAAAGUUAAGGUCUAAAAGCAAUUAUGAUUUAAAUAAUGUGAUAUCUGUACUUUUAAAAUUUUGUAUAUCAUGAAAUGAUUUAAUCAAAAAUCUGUUAAAUGGUUUAUACUGAACCCAGAUGUUGUUUAAGUAAUAGUUUACUAAGUAUAUUUCACUUAUAUUUUAAUUUAGAUUAAAAGUACUUAUCACGCCUUAAACUCUAAACAAUGAAGAAAACCAAUUUGAAAUAGUCAAACAUUUUUAGAGCAUUUCCUCCAAGAGACUACUGCAGUUAUCUGCAUGACAUUUUAUCUUUAUAGGCAAUUCAUAAAAAAGAAAAAAAAAAAAGGUGUCUAACUAUAUAGUAUAUUUUGAAAUUACUAUUUUGAUUUAUAUUCUGGCUGCAACACCCAAUUUCAAAAUGAUAUAUAAUAUAAAAACUUAACAUAAGGAAACUAAUAAAAUGUUAUCUUGCUAGGUAAAUUAUUUUAAAAAGUAAACUGUUGCCAGAUGUUCAUUUUGAAAGUACAACAAAAACCUUGUAUUUUCAAUAAUGUUGGUCUAGAAAUUACCAGGACAGUGAAGUGCAUGAGUUUUUAGAAUGUGAUGCAUAGCCAAGAUUUUUUUUUUUAACUUCUUUUCCUCUCUUACUUUAGGUCAACUAC